AUGCGCGUCCUCGGCGAUUCAUACGUGAAGAAGGAAUUUCGGGCACACCGGAAUGCGGAAAACCCAUUGCAUAUCAUUGGAUUCUUGACUGAGUGGCAGCUGUAUGCGCAGAAACUGGAAGGCGAUAAUUGGGCUGGAGAGAAGCUUGACAAGUCUAAAAUAGACAAGCUGAGUGACCAGCAAAUUGGUCAGCUUUUUGAGCUGAUGCAGGCUAUUCGGAACCCCGAGGCUGGGGGUGAUGGUGAAGGCGAAGGCCAGAAAUAA